GCCACUAACCACAGCUGAAAAAAUGUUUGUCAUCAGUAAAUUGAUCACGAGACAAUAUCGUUUGCCUAUUCAUCACUUUCUCAAGAAUCGUCCUAGAUAUAAUUCUGUAUUAAGCAUUAAAUUUAAAACUGCACACUAUUCAACACAAUUUAAAGUGCCUUGGGAAUUCACAACUUUGAAAAGAAAAAUACAUUCAGUGAAAAGGUUUGCUUUGUAUAGAAUAUUUGCAGAGAAUUAGACGCAAUGGCUCUGAGUCCACUCGAUCCAUCAUCAUAUUCAAGGCCAGAAUUAGCUGUUGUUAAACAUGUAGAACUGAAAUUAAAUGUGGACUUUGAAAAGAAACAACUUACUGGAGAAGCCCUAUUAACUGUUAAUGUUUUAGAUACUAUUGAAGAACUGAUAUUAGACUCAAGUAAUCUAACAAUAGAAUCAAUUGAGACUGAGGACGGCAAGGCCUUGAACUUUACAUUGGCUGAUCCGGUGCCUAAUUAUGGUUCGAAAUUGACGAUUCCACUGCCGGAACCUGCUACGGCGAACCAACACCUUAAAAUAAGAAUAAAAUACAAGACAUCACCAUCAGCCACCGCCCUGCAAUGGCUGGAACCGAAACAAACCUCGGGCAAGGAGUACCCAUACAUGUUCAGCCAAUGUCAGCCAAUCCACGCUCGGUCAAUACUCCCAUGCCAAGAUUCGCCAGCUGUCAAAUUCACGUACAACGCAGAGGUCACUGCCCCCGAACCAUUUACGGUGCUCAUGAGCGCGAUUAAAGGGAAUUCGAGUGAAAAGGCGACGUUUAGACAACCAGUCCCUAUUCCGUCGUAUUUGCUCGCUAUUGCCGUGGCGGUGUUGGAAUCUAGGGAGCUUGGACCUAGAUCUCACGUUUGGUCCGAAAAAGAAGAGAUCGAUAGAAGUGCCUGGGAAUUUGCGGACACCGAAAAGUACUUACAGGCGGCUGAAAGACUGUGUGGUCCCUACCAAUGGACCCAGUACGAUUUACUCGUAUUACCCCCGUCCUUUCCUUAUGGGGGCAUGGAGAAUCCCUGUUUGACCUUUGUGACCCCCACGUUACUCGCGGGUGAUCGAAGCCAAGCGGACGUCAUUGUCCAUGAAAUAAUGCAUAGUUGGACGGGGAAUCUGGUGACGAACAGAAACUUUGAACAUUUCUGGUUAAAUGAAGGUUUCACUGUUUUCCUUGAGAGGAAAGUCGGAGCCUCCCUGAUAGCGGACAAAGAGGAAGCCCAUCGGAGCAGGGACUUUAGCAGCCUCUUAGGGCUCCAGGAGCUUACAGAAACUAUAAACCAAAAUCUCGGUCCAACAAGUCCACUCACCCAACUCGUGCCAGAUUUGAAUAACACUCACCCUGACGACGCGUUCUCGAGGGUUCCAUACGAGAAGGGGUCACUAUUCCUUCGUUAUCUUGAAGAUUUAGUCGGUGGACCAGGUGAGUUGAGCCCUACGUUUCAGGUGAAACUGGAGUUGGGCGAGAGUAAUCCGUUGACCAGUUUAGUGGUCGAUUUGGCUGGGGUACAUCCGGAUGACGCGUUUUCGACCGUGCCCUAUGAGAAAGGCUCGCUGUUCCUUAGGUAUCUCGAGGAUUCGCUCGGUGGAUCAGAGGUAUUUGAUGAUUUUCUCCGUUCGUACCUGGACAAAUUCCAGCGACAAUCCAUCGACACCGAACAGUUUAAAGCCUACUUAUUGGACUAUUUCAAGGACAAUGAAGCCCUGAAAAGUGUCGACUGGACCACUUGGCUUCACAAGUCAGGAAUGCCGCCAGUUAUACCCGCGUACGACACAUCAAUGACCAAAGCUGUUACAGUACUUCUGGCCAAAGUGAAUGAUACUAGCAGUACUUUGGACUACAGCGAUGUCCUUACAUUUACUCCGCAACAGAUGAUUAAUUUCCUCCAAGCUCUCAUCGAUCAAGACCCACUUCCCCUGGACAGACUAAGGAAUAUGGGAAAAACAUACAAAAUUGACACAAGCAAAAAUUCUGAAAUUGUGUACCGUUGGCUGAGAUUGUGUAUAAGAAGCCGGGAUGAAAGCAAAUUGAUUGAAGCCCUGCAGUUUGUUAAUAACCAAGGCCGCAUGAAAUAUGUCAGACCUAUCUACAGAGAUUUAUACAGCUGGGAAGCUGUGCGGGAGAGAGCCGUUGAAAAUUUCCUCAAAAACGAGGCAAAUAUGAUGCACGUAUCGGCUUACACUUUAAGGAAAGACUUGCAUCUCAAGGAGUAGAUUCCGUUUAGUACAAGUGUACUGUAAAUAUUUAUGGAAUUUAUUUUCUAUUUUACAAAUGUAUUGUUUUAAAAAAUAAAUGAGUUUAUUAAUCAUAUUAUACA